AUGAUUCCACCUUGUCAGAACCCCAACGGCGUAUCCCAGGGACAGAGCACCGACAGACCCCAGGCUUCGGCUCGACCACCCAUGGACGCAGCGAACACGAGACCUCCUCGAGGAUCUCGUCCGUACCCCGCCGCUCGACCGGCCCGCAGACAGGUCAGGGUUUCGGAGGGGAGGAGUGAUGCUCCUCAAGCAUCUCAAGGUUCGGCUGGUCCGACCGCUCCUCGACCCCCACCUCCGACCCCCGCCUCCAUGAUGAUGACGUUCCGUGCCAGCGACGGAUGCGAAAUCCCAAGGAGGACCAAUACGGGUCGUCGAAAGCGCGGCCAACAAGGCCAGGGUACGGUCGCUGCCCCCAGGUCCAGGGGUCGGCCAGUGACGACGGCCGUCACUGGUGUGGAGGGUACGGAAACGUUGGCUGGUCCAUCGACUGGAAGGGUGACGCAUUAUGGGUCGAAUGCGUCAGUGACCCGACCAUCUUUUCUUCCUACCCCUUUCUUCCACUUUCCCCCUCCUUACCCUCCUCUGACUUUCCUCUCUCCUUCCCCUACUCAAUUCUUUUCUUAUACCCUUCCCCCUCAGUCUACUCCCUUCGCUCUUUAUCCUCCUCCUCCUCCUCCCCCUCCCCCUCAACCUUCUCUCAAUUCUCUCUCUUUCCUUCCUCUCCCUCAGUAUCCUCCCGUUGGGUUUGUACAUGACAAUAUGACGUACGACCCAAUGGUACAACUCGGUCACCCCUUCCAGCCGUCCAACAUUGUCACCACAUCCCAGGAAGUUGUCCCGAUGCAAGGGGAAAACUUCCAACCUGGUGCACAAUUGGGUCAACAGUGGUACGGACCGAGUCAACCUCAAGAAACUGAGGUGGAGAGGGCUGAUCGAAUGAUUGCGGAGUUGAUCAUUGGACAAGAAGAUUGGCAACAGUCGGAUCCUGGUCUCUUGGAAUUCCAAGGGAAUUUUAAUGAUUUCCUCCACGAAAUCGAUCCCUUCGGUCUAUGGACCCAGCCGGCCAUAUUGUCUACGGCCAUCGAUCCUGUUCUAUCAAUAAUAGCCCCAGUGGAAAACCUGGCUCUCGAGCCAGGUCCUGUUAACGAAACCACCACUGGGGUCGAGGAUACACAACAGGAUCCGGUGGAACCGUCAAACAAUGAUGCGGACGGUAUCGACUGGGACUUUUGGGUCAAAGAGCUGUUUCCUGAUAGCGGUCACAGCUGCCAAAGUUCAGUCGACCAGUCUAAAUCUCAACCUUGA